AUGAGAGUGCGAUCUGCUGUGAAAAGGCUGUGUGACGCUUGCCGCGUGGUGAAGCGAAGAGGAAGGCUUUUUAUUGUUUGCAAAACCAACCCAAAGCACAAGCAGCGGCAAGGGUACCACACUCUCGCAGGAGAAGUCCCUGUGCCGCUAGAGCCAUCUGUCUUGCCAGCCCAGAUCCCUUUCAGGUGA